UAUUGCUUUUGGUAAAGUUGUUGCAUUUUAGAAUUGGUCUGCUGUGUCCUGCAGGGAUACGAGGAUACUCAUCCUAUCAAGCAAAUAUAGGAAACAUGGCAAUGACGAUUCUUCGGGUGUUACUUUGUGCUGUCUUCAUGGUGACUGCAGUCAUGUCCAAGCCAGUUAAUCUAAGUGAGGGUGGAGGCUCAUCCAAGUCCUCAGAGUCCAAUGAAUCCAAUGAAUCAGUAGAAACUGCCACUCAUGUAGAGCCUUCACAGGAUCCCCUGCAAACAGCGUUUACAGAGACAGACAUUCCCCCUGCUGGAGAGGAGACUGACCCUGCAGGCACCGCAGGCCUUCUUCCCUCUGCAGACUCAGGAGCUUCUCCAGCCACGCUCGACACUUCAGCGCUGCCCUCAGAGGACCCACAAACCUUCACUGAUGCCUCGCAGCUCGUGCCAGGUGAUCCUUCACAAGCUGCUCAUGGCACUGACAUUCCUCCUGAUCCUGCACAAGACACUGUGCAUGCCACAGAGGUCUCACCACAACCAGAGAUCACAGCGACUGGUAUAUUCAUGGGUAUUUGUGGCACAACUGAACCAGAAGUCAUCUCCGCAACCACAGCAUACCAAGGAUUCCCCCAGGGUGCCACUCCACCCUUUCCUCCACACAUCAAUCCAACAAAUUCACCAUCAUCGACAACCCCUUCCCUGCUGGUCCCUGUGAGUGUUGCCAUGACUGCUGGUACUGUUUGCUUCACUUUACAGUUCCGUGAGCCGGAUCCACCCAGAGGAGACAGCAUUUGAUACUGGAAACUGAUCAAUUUUAGUCGUAGUUCAAAUUGGGGUAACUGGUUUGGCCCAUGUUUGAAGUAGAUUUGUAGUAGUGCUGCACUAGGCUGUAGUGAUUUACUAAUGCAAUAACAAGUUUAAUAUCCAGACCAUACUUGGCUUUUACUUUACAUUUCCUUACUCAGUAAUAUUUUCAAAAUGGGGCCAGUUUAUUGUCUGCUAUAUAGACAAUGAAAAUGUAUUGUUAUGUCGAUUUGUAGAAUUGCCACCAUAGCUAACUACACCAUGUGAUUACAUGUUCUUAUUUUGAAUUAAGUUAUUGAUUCUGCAGAUAACACACUACAAUAAUGCUCAAGUUUUUUUUAUUUUAUUCUACUGUUAUUGUAAAGGUGGUUUACACCUUUGAGCUACACUGACAAACAGAAUUGAAUGAUUGUCAGAGCAGUCAUAUCAAAAAUUAAAGUUAUGUAUGUGUGUAUAUCAUGUGAAGGAAAUAUUCAAUAGGUACAUGUAUUGCAGUUGUAUUUAUGUCACGUGAAUUUUUCAGAAGACAUCUGACAAAACUUAAAAUAUACUUCUAAUGUUAUGUAUAUGACUGUCCCCUGUUUUGCUGGCCUCAUAAAAUGAGUUGUGGACCCAAUCAGAAAUUACCUGGUCUCUUUAU